UUGGCCCCAUGACUUGCUAGGUUCUCUGUGUCCCGAUCUCUGUGCGAUCUCUUCUCUACAGCCUCCAGCCUCCCGUACCAUGCUUUUCGCCCCGGCUACCUCUCCCCCCAACGUCCGCCACCCCUAUCCUCGACCAUCCCCCGGCACAGAGUUCCUACACUUCCUGUUCCACCUCGCACGCUUGGCAUUUGCCCCCAUCAUUAUCCCUUUGCGGCUUCUCUAUCAAACCCUCACAGCUCCUCUCACUAUCUCUCUUCUACUCAAACUUGUCCUUCUUUUUUCCCUCUCUUUGAUAUCAUUGGUACUCUCGGUACUUGCUGUUGGAGCUUUCUUCUGGACAUGGUCUACUGGAGGGCCGAUUGAAGCUGAAGGCUGGCUUGUUUAUGGAUCCAGGAAAUUUAGGCUGCCCCAUACGAAUCUCCAGGUACCAUUAAGCAGCAUAAUAGAAGAUGUGCGAUACGAUAUUCAGGUUGAAAUGGAACUCCUCAGACCAAGGAAGGGCUCAGAUGUGCUGGAUAACUUUAUGCUGUCUCUUGAUUUGAUGUCAGCAAAAUAUCCCCAAACAGCUUUGAUGAGCGCUGCUCAGCCAACCUUGGCGCCUUCGCCUCUGCCAGAAUCAUUCAUCACUCUGCCUUCUCUCGCCACUCGUUUCAUCCCACCAUGCGUCCUUCCAUGGCCCUUUCGAUCCUUUUGCCCUUCCAAAAUAAUUGGAUAUGGUGAUCCGGUUGAUCAAAAGGUGUUGCAAAGACGCGCCAAAGCCGGUUUUUUAGAGCUGGCUAGUACUAAAGAUAUAGUUCCUCUCAGAAAAGACCUCAUGGAAGGAGUGUUGUUAAAGCCCAGCAGCGCACCUGAAUCGGUAAUAGGUUCAAUUUUCCUUAGCAUAGGGCGGGAAGACUCCUUCACUGGGGAUACUGAGGGGGAGAGUCAUUCAACAGAAGUCAAAACGACUGGCUGGGUUGUCGUGCGCUUCAUUCCCCGUCCUUCAGGUAUCAGAUGGCUUAUAUCUGUACAUCCCUUCCCUCCCAUCCUUCUGUUACCGCCUCUGUCACUCUCACUCACCCUAUUAUCGUCCAUCUUUGGAUGUGCAAUAAUUACCGGUAUCCGACGAAAGCCUUCAAAUUCCCGCAAAUCCAAAAGGUCGCUGAAGGCACCGAGUAGAUCUCAUAGGAUCAGAGACUCCAAUGCACGCUCAGGCCAAGAGGGGACUGAACGCCAAGCAAGAGUACAGUAUCGAGCCGUGAGGACGCGGCGAGCUAGUAAUCAUACCGACGCCGAUUCCACCACAUACUCAGAAUCAAGAAUACCUACCGAAAAUACCAACAGCGCUUCAACGUCUGAGAUAGGAGAUAGAAAUAGCAUCGUUAUAUCAGAUGACGAGAGCACCUCGUCUCGAUAGCUCCACUGAUAAGUGAACACAAUGUUAUGUAUUCAAUUAUUUGUUGUGAUGCAC